GUCUAUUAACACAUGAUCAAUACAGAUCUUGUUUAUGUGUGAUAUGAAGAUUUGUUUUCUAUUUGAUCUAAACAGCAAGAGUUGUUGGAGUUGUUGAAAGUGGAUUGUAAAUGCUGUGACUUGUGCAUAUAUUUUAUCCAUUCUGAUUGAAAAUAGAGUUUGUAAUUUUAAAUUUAUUGAAAGUUUUGAUGAAGCACUUUUGCUGCUUCAUUAAGAGAUAUCUUUAAGUGAAGGCACCAGCUGCGAAAAGGAAUUUUGAAGAAUAUAAAAGAAGAUGCAAGAUUAUGAUGAAGCGACUGCUUUUCUGGGAGAAUGGGGCCAUUAUCAAAUAAGUAUUUUCUUUUUGCUCAGCAUCGGUAUAAUACCAAAUGGCUAUGUGGGUCUGUCUAUGGUGUUUCUGGCCGAUACCCCUCAGCACCACUGCCGCCUGUCUAACACUUCGAACGUGACCUUUGAGGAAACCUCCUUCACAAAUCUGAGCUUAUUGCUGCCCAUGGUUGAUGAACAAGUGUAUAGUAAAUGCACUAGGUUCAAAACCCAGCCGCAAGAUGGUCUCAACGAUACAGCACCUAAGACGGAAGGUUGUGUGGAUGGCUGGGUCUAUAGCAAGGACAGAUACAUCUCAACCAUUGUCAGUGAGUGGGAUCUAGUUUGCGAGAACAAUUGGAAAGGUCCCUUUACCAUGUCAGUGACUUUUCUGGGAAUGACGAGUGGUGCUUUCAUCUCUGGACACAUUUCAGACAGGUAUGGGAGAAAAGUCGUUCUCUUUGGAGCUAUGAUAAUACAAACGGCCUUGAGCUUCGUUCAAGUGAUCUCCUGGAGUUGGGAGGUGUUCUGCAUAUUGUGCUUUUUUAUUGGGUUUGGAGAUAUCUCAAAUUAUGUAGCUGCAUUUGUCCUUGGAACUGAACUCCUUGGCAAAGCUGAGAGGACUGCUUACUCAACACUUGGUGUUUGUAUGUUUUAUGCAGUAGGCUACAUUAUUCUGCCAGGCUUUGCAUAUUAUAUCCGGAAUUGGAGGAUGUUACUGCUAGCUUUGACCAUCCCAGAGGUUCUGUAUCUUCCUUUCUGGUGGCUGAUACCUGAGUCUCCAAGAUGGCUGAUUGCUCAAGGUCGAGUGACUGAAGCAGAGAAAAUAGUGCAAGGCUUUGCUAAGAAAAACGGCAUCACCCAUGUUGGGGUGAUAUUUCAGCAAGUUGAUACCAGAGAAUAUACGCUUCUGAAUUCCACAGCUAGGCAAAAACAUCCACAUAAUUUCUUGGAUUUGGUUAGAACUUCAAAUAUACGGAAUAUCACAAUUCUAUCUUUCCUUGUGUGGAUGACUACCUCCAUUGGGUACUUUGUUUUAACGCUGGGAACCUCCAACAUGCACGGUGAUCCUUAUCUCAACUGUUUUAUUUCUGCAAUCAGUGAAAUUGUAGCAUACACAGCUGCAUGGUGGAUGGUGAAGCAUGCACCUCGACGACUUGCGACUGCUACCAUGCUGAUCCUUGGUGGUGUCAUUCUGCUCUUCAUUCAAUUUAUUCCUCCGUCUCUUCAUAUUCUGUCAACAGUCUUGGUGAUGAUUGGGAAAGCAGGUAUCACAAUAUCCUUCGCCAUUGUCUAUGUUUUCUCUGCUGAGUUAUAUCCGACUGUGGUGAGAAACAUGGGGAUUGGAAUAUGUUCCAUGGCAUCCCGAAUCGGCAGCAUAAUCUCCCCGUAUUUUGUUUAUCUUGGAACGUAUAACAGGAUAUUGCCUUUCCUGCUUAUGGGCAGUUUCAUUUUAUUGGCAGGAAGUUUCUGUUUACUCCUACCUGAAACACGUGACCAGCCUCUUCCUGAAAAUGUGCAGCAGGUACAGCCAGUCACAUGCCCCUGCUGCCCUGUUGGUUUUCAUCAUUCUGUGGUUAGUUCUACAAAGACAUCCACACCUGAGGAGGUGCAAGUUCAGAACAGCAGUAUUUACUUCUUGCCUGGCAGCCAACUGGACCAAGUUAAGGGAUGAGGCUAGCUACUGCUCAUCUUAAGAAAGUAUAAACAGGCACAAGAAGCAACAGUACUGAGACAGUCAAGCAUGAAAAGCAGAAAAGGAGCAACAAUUGAAAAGCAAAGUGGAAAUUUUCCAAAUCUUCUUGCAAUGCUAACAUUUCCAAAGACUUCAUAACUUCACAAAAUGAACUGAACAAGUCUUAAACGCAAAUAAAAAUGUGAAAAGUAUUCAACAGAAAAUUCAAUCACUGUUGAAAAUAUGCAGUUUCACACAAGUUAUCCAUGGACAGAGAUUCAGUGAUGCUCCACAUGACUAGUUAGUACACGGGUCGGUCUGCUUUUAAUGCCAGCAUUAGUCUAUUUAUUUGAAAGUAAACAAUCUCCCAUGGUGCUGGACAGUCAAGAAUCGAGGACAGCCUUCAGCUACAGCACAAUCAGAGGACACAAUUAAUUGGACCAGGAAGACAGGUGCAAUGCAGUCCCCAUUUUAAAGUCGUAUUUUCUGUUCUGGUUUUUAUAUAGUACUUUGAUUGUGUGCUGUUAUUUAUGUUAAGUAGCAAUUCAUGAGGAAGAGUAGUCACUUGAAGCUUUAGGGUUUCUCUGCACUCAGGCGUUACAGGAUUGAAAAAGCUAAGGUGCUACCAUGGCUGUGAGACUGCAAUAUUAUGACAGGACAUUUUACAUGGGUGAUUUUGAUGAUAAAUAUGACUUAAGAAUUUAGUAUGAGAAAGACUACACAAAAGUGAAAUCUAGAAAGAAAUAAGGUUUUUCUCAAACAGGAAAAGGCAGAAUUGUAUUGUUCUGUAUACAGAUUAAUGCCUUUGCUAAAUGAACACAUAAAGGAUUGUCAAUAUUAUUUUUAGCAUUGUCAGCAGCCUUUCUGGGUACUGGUGAUUUAGUGCUGUGAAUAAUGAAAAAAUGAUAAGAACCAGAUUUUUCAACAAUAUAUAACAGAAGUUCAAAUUAGUGUUUGAAUUCUAUAUCUUUAUUGAACAUCUUACAAUACAUCCUUCAAAAUGUUAGAAUUUUGGUUAUCCUAAAUUCUUGCUGCUCUGAUCACUGUCUUACAGCUGGCUUACUCAUCCUUUCUUCAGAACUUUUAAUUCUCACCAAUAUAAAUAGAUUUGUGACUUGUCUCCUCAUUCCUACCUUAUGAAUUGCCCAGUUGCAGUGAGGAUAGAGCAAGCCAGAUUCUUCUUCGAAAAUCAGCAUAGGUUGAAUGGUAAAAUAUUCAUGAACAACAUGUUUGAAUAUUUGAGAUUGGUACUUUAAUAUUCAUGCCUGCAAAUUAAAAGUAUCCAGUUUAUUUGAGAGAGUAUUGGCAUUUCUGGAAAACAAUUUUUGUGUAUUUUAGGAUGUCCACUUAAGCUGUGCCUAGAAUGGCUGAUUUUUCAUUGAUAAUAUAAUUUCCAAAGUUAUAUUCAAAUUAGGACAUUACUUCCCAGUGCAUUUUACUUUGUUCCAAUAAGUAACUGUAAUUCAUUUAAAGGCUGAAUUAGUGCAGAACUUAAAGAAAUACAACAAGCUCAACCAUGGAUAUACAUUGUCUAAGGCACAAACAUCAAAGAGAAAGGAGAAUUAACUAUGAUAAAC